GAGGACUCCCUUAUCUGAUUGGCCAACGUCGACCAAGUUCUCACAAGGGAUUUGGACUACCUUGACUAUACUUUGACUGCACUGAUAUCGUAUUAUUAUAGCCAUGUUGUUUCUCUCCAUCUGGCUCUUUUUGGGAAUUUUUGUUGACACAAGCAAGGGGACGGUCACCUGUUAUUCUUGCGAUGGAGAGCCAGCAUCUUCCUGUGAGAAAAAAUUCGUUACAUGUCCCUCAGGUCACAUGUGUUUUAUGGAAUCCAUUUCGUCCAGUAGAAAUGAAACUUUGUUUGUGGCUGGAUGUAGAACAAAAAAGUUGUGUUCUUGGAUGACAUCUCCUAUUGGCAGACGUUCAAUAGUGCAUCAGUGCGCCGAAUGUUGCGACCCCACCUCAUCUCCUAACUGUAAUGGCCGACUCUGCAACUUCAGUGGUUUUUGUCGAGUUUGCUAUGGAGUUCAUCAAGAUGCCUCUUCGUGUCCUCUCACCCAGUGUGCAGACGAUGAGAUGUGUUUUACCGGGAAUAGGCACGUCGGUGGAGGAGCCUUCAGACGAGUCUAUGGCUGUGAGUCUUCUCGUAUGUGUUUGGCAUUAGCCAAGGCGGUGGCGGGGCUGCCGGGUCAACCUGUCGGUAGACGUAACGUACACGGGGACACGGGGCUACACACGUGCGACGCAUGUUGUCUGACCUACGACUGUAACUCUAGAUCCUGUGAACAGGUCGUCAAAGAUAUGCCCUUCAUGGUCAAUAGUACGUCAGUAAACAUGUAUACAGGAUAAACAUAUUCUAAAACUGUUUGAAUUUUUUCUCAGUAAAAUUGAGAUGUAUCUCAUUCAAAUAAGAAUUUGAAUGGAAAAUAUUAAUCAAUAAAAUUAUUUCUUAGUUAGA